CGAUGACGUACAAGUCCUGCGACACAAUGCUGUGUGAGAUUCCUGAGCCGCACGAAAACACUGCCGAGUGUGGCUGCCGACAUUUGGACGCUCAGAGAAAAAGGAGUGUGUUGAAAUGACCGUGUGCAACUUCUUCCUCCAGGGACGGUGUCGAUACGGGGACAAAUGUUGGAAUGAGCACCCGGGAGAAGGAGGAGGAGGAGGAGGAGGAUACAACAACAACAACUACAACAACCGCUCUUCUGCUCAGCAACAGCCCAGAGGAGGAGGAGGGUUUGGAAACAGAGUUUGGGUGAAUCCCUCCCAGCAAAAAGCAGCCUACAUCCAGCCGUCAUCUUUCUCCUCUCAGGGUGGAGGAAAUGACUGGGGCAAAGGAGGAGGGGGUGGAGGAGGAGGAGGCAAUGACUGGGGCCGAGGAGGUGGCGGGAGGAGUGAUAACGUGAAGAGCUCCGAGUAUAGCUUCUCUGCUCAAAACCGAUUUUCAGCGCUUGACACUCCCAGCACCUUUGACAGGGGAGGAAGAGGAGGAGAAAAGCAGGUGCCAGCUGGAGAGGAUGAUGAUGACAAAAAACUGGAGAUCGUCCAGUCGGACAUGGAUAGUUGGGAGAGCUCGGGCCAGUGGGGCUUCUCAUGUUAUUCCUACUCCAAGGCGCCUUUAUCUGGUUUCACUGAUCUUUCUCCAGAAGAGCUCCGACUGGAAUAUUACUCCACAAGAGAGUCCGGAGAUCUUCAGGGAUACGUUAACGGUAUCACUCAGUUGCUCAACCAGUGGAGAAGCAGAGUCCAGGAACUGAAGGUUAUGAAUCCAGCCACCCGCGCUGCUUUGCUUGCAGAGAUAAACAACCCAGCACCUCAGGCACCUUCAGGUGGCUUUGGUUUAGCAACAUUGACUGGAUUUGGAUCGUCUACAUCCAGCGUGGAAACCAAAGGCUUCGGGGCUCCAGCAGCGGCCGACUCCUUCAGCUUUGCUGCUCCGAGUGGAGGGUUUGGACCUUCGGCUGCACUGCCCUCCUCCACAGGGUUUGGCAGUGCCUUAGCAGCUCCUACACAACCUCCCUCUGGAUUUGGAGCCGCUUCUCCAUCUACUUUCUCCUUUGCUGCUCCGACCACCGAUAAGCCAGCAGCAACUUCAGGAUUCGGCUCUGCCUCGGAGUUCACUUUCUCCUCGACGUCAAACACUGGAGCAGGAUUUGGGGGCAGUUUUGGUGCUGCGGCACCUGCGGCGGCAAGCGGAGGGUUUGGGGCGACCGCUGUUCCCCCAGCAGCAGGAGCCGGGCCUGCGGGUGGAGCUUCAGACAGUCUGUUUUCACAUGUGAGCAUUAUGACUGCAGAGGAACUGAAUCAGUUUAAGGCUAAGAGGUUUACUCUCGGCCAGAUUCCUUUAAAGCCUCCCCCUGCUGACAUGCUGGUGGUGUGAUGGAAGGGACUUUUGAAAUAAAAAGAUAAUUUAUAGGAACAUAAGAUCUGUGCUUCUAAUUAAACUGAAGUCAUAUUAGUAAUGUUUAUGAUAUGGCUAGUGUUUAUGCAAAGCUUGAUGUUCAGCUGUAUAGUACACAGUACAUUUUUAGAUGGCCUUUUGUCAUAUAAAGUGAUGUUUGCAAUUGA